AUGGUCUCUCAACUGAGUCGAUUCUUGAACUCGGGCAAUGGGCUGGAAAAGACACUUCGGUUGAUCCAGUCAUUGUCGCAGAUUGCGGCCGCAUUUACGGUGGGCAGCUCGGCUGUGCGCUUCACCACGGCCAAGGCACAACUAGCGCUGACUCGUCGGUUCUUUCGAUUCUUUGGCUUUAUCGGCUCAUUUCAGCAAGUCAAAGAUGGCAUGGGAACCGUGGCGGGAAUUCUAGACCUAGCCAAGUACACGUGCUUCGGACUGUACUUUAUCCUUGAAGACUUGACUAUUCUUCAUGCCAUGGGUGUCUACCUGGUUCCCUGGGAGCCGCGAGUCAUGCAGGAAGCCAAUACGUUCUGGUUUUGCGCCUUGGCCUUUUCAAUCGCUGGAGCUGUAUGGGCUCUGCUUUCCUCUUCACCUGCGAAGCCGGUCUCGGAGAUCAAGUCUUCAGAGUCAGAGAAGCGCAAGCUCGAGCCGAAGCCAGGCCAUCAAGACAAGAAGCUAACUACUCAUGCCAAAACGAAUUACGUUGGAUCAUCGAAGCUAGUGCGCCAAAUCAUUGCAGAAAGCUGCGAUGUGAUACUGCCGGUGACGCUUUUGGGUUGGUAUCCUACUGGAGACCUUACUGUGGGAUUGACCAUGGUCCUGGACUCGCGGGGAAUCGAACCCCGGACCACUCCCAUGCUAAGGGAGUAUUAUACCACUAAACCACAAGCCCUGGCACAUAUUGGAUGUGUGGCUUUUUGGUUACAUAGACCUGUUUGCAAUGGUGGCAUCGGUCUCCCCCAGGUCCUCGAGGACCUUGAAGAUGGAUUGCAGAUAUGGCGCAGAUCAGCAGAGAAACAAACGUCGAUCUUGCCAGCCGCACGCAUUGAUCGUUCCGGGAGUUCCCUUGAGGUGGCCGCUCACAGG